GCGCUCGUAAUAUCAUCUCUUCCAAAUUUCAUUUCCCCCACAGCUCACGAAGGCAAGAGGCAUGUCAGUUAGCAUGACGCAGAAGACGGUGGUGCUCUAUCCCUCGCUCGGCGUGGGCCAUCUCAACCCUAUGGUGGAGCUGGCCAAUGUCUUCCUCCGCCUCGGGCAGGCCGUCGUCAUCGCCGUUGUGAACCCGCCGGACAAGGACGCCGUGUCGGAAGACGCAAUGGCUCGCCUCUCCACCGCCAACCCAGCCAUCACGUUCCGCCGCCUCCCCGUGCCGUCUUGCGGCAAGGACCAUUACUCCCACCCGGUCCUGCGCACCAUCGACGUGCUCCGCGCCGCCAACCCGUCGCUGCGGGAGUUCCUCCGCACCCUCCCUGCCGUGGACGCCCUCGUGGUCGACAUGUUCUGCGUGGACGCGCUCGACGUCGCCGCCGAGCUCGACAUCCCCGCAUACUUCUUCUUCGCCUCCGCGGUCGGAGACCUCGCCAUCAUGCUCCACCUGCCGUACUACUAUCCCGCCGCCCCGUGCUCGUUCAAGGACAUGGGCAAGACGGUGCUCCGCUUCCCCGGCGUGCCGCCGAUCCGCGCGGUGGACAUGUCGACCACGAUGCUGGACCGGGAGAGCGAUAUCGCCAAGGAACGGUUGCGCCACUACACGCGGAUGCCGAGAGCAAGAGGCUUUCUGACGAACAGUUUCGACUGGUUGGAGGCGAGGGCGCUGGAAGCACUCAGGUACGGCCUCUGCACGCCUGGUCGCCCAACGCCGCCAGUCUACUGCAUCGGCCCGCUAGUCCUUCCUGGCCAAACGGGAGGGAGCGCCGGCGGGAGACACGCGUGCCUCGAGUGGCUUGACGCGCAGCCGGAGCGGGGCGUGGUAUUCCUCUGCUUCGGCAGCCUGGGCACCUUCUCGGCGGCGCAGCUAGCAGAGGUGGCACGCGGGUUGCAGGACUCCGGGCACAGGUUCUUGUGGGUGGUGCGCAGCCCUCCCGAGCAGAAGGACGAGUCGGUCGAGCCGGACUUGCAGGCGUCGCUCCCGGAGGGUUUCUUGGAGAAGACCGCUGGCAGGGGCUUCGUGGUGAAGAACUGGGCGCCGCAGGCGGAGGUGCUGCGUCACGGAGCCGUCGGCGCGUUCGUGACGCACUGUGGGUGGAACUCGGUGCUCGAGGGGAUCGUGUCCGGCGUGCCGAUGAUCUGCUGGCCGCUGUACGCGGAACAGAGGAUGAACAAGGUGCACGUGGUGGAGGAGAUGAAGGUCGGGGUGGCGGUGGAGGGCUACGAGGAGGGACUGGUGAAGGCAGAGGAGGUGGCGGCGAAGGUGAGGCUGGUGAUGGCGUCGGAGGAAGGGAGCAAACUGAGGGAGAAGCUCGUGGCAGCCAAGGAGAUGGCGGCGGCCGCUGUGGAAGACGGCGGGUCGUCUGACGUGGCGUUUCACGAGUUCUUGAUGGACUUGGAGAAGUGCCGUUCAGAGAAGUCUGGAGAAAAGUCGAUGUAGACU